UUAACAAAAAAAAAAAAAAGAGAAUAGAAUAAGAGACUUUGAGCUUUGAAUGCUUCUCCCUCCUUUCUGCAACAACUCGUCUCUCUUCUUCCAAUGCCGAAAGUUGCAGCCAUUAAACGCAGUUUCCAAAUUCAAAUCCUUAAAACCAAUUCAUAUUCAAACAAAACCCCCAAUUUCUAUUGUAUUCGGAUCUAGACAGAACAAAACACGCCCUUCUCCACCUCCUCCAAUCAGAAAAUAGAAACUAGAAAAAUGGGAGCAUACAGAGCGGACGAUGAUUACGAUUACUUGUUCAAGGUGGUGCUGAUCGGAGACUCCGGCGUCGGAAAGUCGAACCUUUUGUCUCGAUUCACAAAAAAUGAAUUCAGCUUGGAAUCCAAAUCCACCAUUGGCGUUGAAUUCGCCACUCGCAGCAUCCACGUCGAUGAUAAGAUCGUUAAGGCUCAAAUUUGGGACACUGCUGGACAAGAAAGAUAUCGCGCAAUCACUAGUGCAUAUUAUCGAGGAGCUGUUGGCGCAUUGCUUGUGUACGAUGUUACCAGACACGUGACUUUUGAAAAUGUGGAAAGAUGGUUAAAGGAACUUAGGGAUCACACAGAUGCCAACAUUGUAAUCAUGCUUGUAGGAAACAAGGCGGAUCUUGGGCACCUGCGUGCCGUGAACACUGAUGACGCCAAGGCAUUUGCCGAGAGAGAAAGCACAUUCUUCAUGGAAACGUCUGCGCUCGAAUCCUUGAAUGUUGACAAUGCUUUCACAGAAGUGCUCACUCAGAUCUAUCGCGUCGUUAGUCGGAAAACUCUUGAGAUUGGAGAUGACCCUACUGCCUUGCCAAAGGGGCAAACGAUCAAUGUCGGUGGUAAGGAUGAUGUCUCGGCUGUUAAAAAGGCUGGAUGCUGCUCUUCAUAGUUUGAUAAUGAAAGGAAGUUCUUGAAUCUUGACAGCAAAACACAUAUUUAUCAGUGCAGGAUUCAACUAAUCCCCAGCAGGACAACAUUGAGAUCCAUGCUACAUGUUCUAAUACUUAUGCUUUUCAUUUUUGUAAUCUUUUCUAGUCCCUCCCCCCCCUCCUCUUUUCCUCCUCUAUAAGCAUUGUUUAUUUAUAGGAAUGAUGUUGCCUUAGAUAUAUACAAAUUUUACUGUUUCUGUUGAA